AUUUAGGCCGUCAAUUUCCUUCAUUACGAUCAGUGCAGGUGAUCAGCGUGUACAACCCAACGAAAUCUGGAUCAUUCAGUGCCUUUCGAGGGUUUUGAGCCGGUAGUAGCAUUUGAGAAGCCACUACUCUAGCCUCAGUCGCCGAUUAACCCUCUUCUUCUCUCUUUGCUCGCUAACGCAUUCGGAGCCUAAGAGGGUUGAAGGAGGAGUUACUAUUCGUUUUCAUUUACCCCCAAAUCAGCCACCUCUCCAUGCAAGUAUGGCAACAGAAGAUUGUAAGGAGUUGCUUACCAGUGGUAGUCAACCUGAUAAUGUUGAAAAUGACCUUUAUAAUGAUGUCAAUAUUACGGCAAUUUUAAUCACUGGUGAAAAGAAAGGAGAUACUGCACUUGAAGAUGACAAAAUGGCUGAAGUAGUUAACGUAAAUGCUGUGCAAGAAAUUGCUGCAGAAAUUUCUACGGCUAUAGUUGAUGGGCAUGAGAAGGCAGAUGAAGUGGGUGGCAUUGAUGUAGAAAAUGACAAGAAGGUUGAAGCAGUAAAUAGUUCUCCCAACAAGGAAACAAAGAAAAUAGUAAGGAAAAGGAAGAAGAAUGCUGAAGAGGCCUCUGCUCAUACUGUGUCAUCUUCUCCCAUGACAACAAAAAGGAAAACGAUUGAUGCUAUUCCUGAAGAUGAGGUGGAGAAAGCAGAUGGUAAAGAUGUAGAGGUUGGUAAAAAGGUAGAAGGGGCAGCAAACAAAUCUGUAAAAGUAGCAAAGAAGAAAAUUGUUGCGAAUGUGAAAGGUGGGAGUUCCAAUGCUGAGUCAGCUCCAACUAAAUCACCAAAUGUUGCAGCUGUAGAAGAUACUUACGGUAUUGAAGAAAAUGCAGAACAAAAUAGAGAAGUUGAUGAAAAUCAUGCUUCUGCUACAAAAAAUGCCACUCCUGCAAUUGAGAAGAAGGACGCAGAAGGCACAAAAGAUAAACCAAGUCCUUCGGCUUCAGGGAAACAUUUAAAGAAAGAUGGCACUGCAGAGAAAAUAUUAAAGAAGGUUGAUGGUAUGGGCUUGAUAUUCAUGUGUAGCGCUAAGACCAAGAAAGAUUGUUUUAAGUAUAAUGUCUUUGGUCUCCCUGAAAGCAAGAAGGCGCUAGUAGCAAAGAUUUAUAAGGGUAUGAGGUUAUUUUUAUUUGAUUUUGAUCUUAAGCUGCUAUAUGGAAUCUACAAGGCUGCAGGUCCUGGAGGCUACAAUAUUGAGCCUAAGGCAUUUAAUUCAAAAUUCCCAUCUCAGGUUCGUUUCACUGUUUUAAGGGAUUGUCUGCCCUUACCAGAGGAGAAGUUUAAAGCAGCAAUAAAGGAAAACUAUGUAAGAAACAAGUUUGAUUGCCAGCUUUCAGCAGAGCAGGUGAGAAAAUUAUGCAAGUUAUUUCAGAAUCCAACAAGCGGCGUCUCAAUUCAAAAGCACAGGCCUAGAGCUGGCAGAGAACUGAAGCAUAGGCAUGAGAGGAGAGAAGCUUACCCAUUACCACCUCCUCGAGUUCUUCGUCUAUCUCCGCCGCCUCGAGCUUUGCCUCUGCAUACAAUUCCUCGACCAUUGCCUGCUCCACCACUACCACCCUAUACUUACGAACGACCUGUUGAUGACUACUUUUACAGGGGAGAGCGUCACAGAGUUUUGGAUUUAGAAAUGAGGCCAAGGGAUCUUCCUACAAUAGACUACCAUGAUCCCUAUAACCCCUACAGGGAGCAUGUUCUAUAUCGCGAACCAGCUUAUCCCCCAAGCUUUUCUGCUGCAUAUGCUGCUCGCCUUCGUGAACCACGUACUCCACCCAGGUACCUUUACUGAGAAAGCGAAGUUUGGUGGCUGAUUCUGAUACCACUUGGCAUUUUUAUUAAGUAAGAAUUAUCCAUCUUUAUGUACUUUUUGAGACUAUUACUUUCUUCUGCCGAAAUAUUAACUCUGAUCAUUUUCGUAGCUCUUCAAUUUAGAUGUCUGUAAGCGUAGUGAGAGUUGUGGGGAGUAUUUUAUAUCUAUAUAUAUGUUUUGCAACAUUAGCAUAUCGUUGUAAUCGUUUUAUAUGCAUUAGAAAUGACUAGAUUGUCGCUGUUGCUUUC